AUGAAAUUUAGAGCAAUUGUGCUGCAUCCUUCAACAUCAUCAAUAUUAUUGUCUCAAUCAAUAAUAUCUUCGUCAACAUCAUCAACAUCAACAUCAUCAAUAUUAUUGUCUCAAUCAAUAACAUCUUUGUCAUCAUCUCCUGAAUCAACAUCAACACCACCUUAUCAACCAACACCAGUGGUAUUAGAACAAAUAAGUAAUAAAUAUAACUGCAUAUUAUGUGGUAAAUGGUUGAAAUCAAAAAUUACAUUAAGGAAUCAUGAAAACAAAUAUCAUAAAUUCAACAAAAUAAUUCCACAUUUUUCAGUUUUAUCAUCAUCUAAUAACAAUGUAUUAUAA